AGCCCGCCUGCGCCCGCCUGCGCCCGCCUCCCGAGCGGCGCGCGACGCCCAGCGCCUCCAGGCGCGGGCCGGUGUUCACCCAGGCCCAGGCCCGGCCCGCGGGCGAGACCGAGCCACACCGCAUUUUCUUUUAUUUCGUUCGUGGUUUUGCGUAGACUGAAGUUUCGUGGGUUAGGUUAAAACUCGGGACCUUCUCGAAGAGGACCCAUUUAUUGUUUUUCCUUCCAAAAUGGCAGCCUCCAGCCGCGCACAAGUAUUAGAUCUGUACCGGGCGAUGCUGAGAGAGAGCAAGCAUUUCAGCGCCUACAAUUACAGAACUUAUGCUGUCAGGAGGAUAAGAGAUGCCUUCAGAGAAAAUAAGAAUGUAAAGGAUCCUGUAGAAAUUCAAGCCCUAGUGAAUAAAGCCAAAAGAGACCUUGGAAUAAUUCGUCGACAGAAUGCAGUGAAAAUAGCACCAAUCCAGAGGCCACAUGGAAUUCCCCCUGAGUCCGUCAGAAAUUAGCAGUAGCACCGCCCUAAGGCCAUGACCUUUUAGGCCUCAUCCAUGAAAAGUCCUCAUCGGCCAAAUGUAUUCGACUGACAAGCUUAUCAUUGAGAAUCAAGAGAAGCCUCGGACCUAGGGAGCCGGGACCAGCCACCACCGGCAGCCGUGGACCAGCUUCAGCAUCCAUGCUGCGCUUGGGGCGGGGUCUCCCCCAGACCACAGGUGGCCUCUUCCAUCAGCUUAGAAUAGCCUCUUGCUCGGCCUGCCCAGUAGGAGCUGAUAAACUGAGGCCAGUUUCCAUCCUUCUGCAGCCCUAGUGAGAAAGGGUGGCGGGGUCUCCUUGAUUCAAGCGAGGAGCUGGAGCUCACUCCGAAUAAUGCUGUGUAUUCUUGUGUCUGCUCUCCGCCCCACUCCUCUUUUGUAUCAUCACCGCCCAUGUAGAGCCCCUCCACCCUCUGCAUCUUUGUUGACAAUAAACAGAAUUGUCUCCUGAAGCCUUUUUAUGCCA